UUUAUUGUUUCAAAGACGUUAUUUCUCGGUAUUUAAAAGAUAAAUUUUCUGUAUUAUUAACACAAUAAUGUUAAUCCAAUCGAUGUCAAAAGUUAUAUCACCCAUCGUUAGAAGUACUGGAAGAAUCUUUCAAAGUAGAAACUGUCAUGGUGUGUUUGGUAUACAGGAUUUGCUGCGACAGGAGAAGCCAGAACAUUUCGCAAUAACCGCAUUGACUAGCGGCGAUCAUGAAAUGGCUGUAGAAGUUUUGAAGAAGCAUUACCUCAAUGAACAUGUCCUUGUACGCGCUAGGGGAAUGAACCUAAGCAAUGAUCGCGCAAUUGAGGAAUACCUUAUAAGCUUACUUCGUCAAGGCAAUUCUUUAUUUGCGAAGACUGAAGAUGAACAGGUAGCAGGUAUCUGUGUUAGCUACGCAAGUAGCCCUUUGGACCCAAAAAACCUUAGAAAUUAUGCUUUUUAUCGUCAGGAUCCAAAUACGAAAGACUUUUUAUACUUCACAGCAAAACUACAAGAGACUCCAAAUUUAUGGGACUUGUUUAAAGAGCGGAAAGUAUACGAGGUUAGAAUGGUGACUGUAAAACCGGAGUACCGUCGCCAGGGCCUUGCCGUGAUGUUGGUACAAAAGUCGAUGGCACAAGCCUUCGACCAGGGUUACAAAGUCGUCCGCAUGGACUGCAUAAACCCAUACGAUUACAAGGUCGCAGAGAGAUGCAUGAUGAGUUGCUUCACUCGGUUUCCGUUGCACAAGCUACGUGGUGCUAACGCCCCAUUUAUCAAGAAGAGUUCUGACCACAACUGUUAUGUUCGAGUCUACGUAGAAGCCAGGAUACAAGGAGACAAACCUGAUAGAGUCCGGUUGAAACAACGACACGAUUUUGAUAGCUUAAUUGAAUGAUUUAAGAAUUUCACUUAAAUUAAUAAUUAUGGUUUAAUGUUAUUAAAUGUUAAAG